AUGGGCGCGGCCGCCGCCGUGCCGGCCCACGUGCGGCGUGCCCUGGCCUCUGCUCCAGAGUCCGACCCCCGGAGCGCCGCCGCCAUUGCCCGGCACUGCGAGACGGCCUGCAGCACGCUGCUCUGGGCGGCGACCUGCGCGGGGCAACCUGAGCCCGGGGACGAGUGCAGCGAGGCAGACUGCAUGCGGCUGCUGGCGGCCGCGGGCUGCGCCAUUGACGCGGCUGCCGACGCUGCGGAGAGGGUUCAGAGCAGCUUGGAGCUGCUUCUCUCCGGGGAUCACCCCAGGGAUCCUCCCGAGGACCUGCUCUGUGAGCCCCUUGUUGAGGCCGCAAGCAGCGCCCUGCUGGCGCUCUGCCGGUUCCUCGGCGGCCGGUGGGGCGAGGCAUACCCGCGGGUGCGGCGCGUGGCGGAGCGGCGCACGCUGAGCCAUGGCGUGCUGCUGGGCUGGCUGGGCAGGAUGGCGGCCCUGCAGCACACGGUGCUGCGCCAGCAAGGCGCCGACCGCCUGUCCAAAUCUUUCUUCGACCUGGCAGGCUUCGUGCUGGAGGAGCUGCGCAGCCCGGAGCAGGAGGGUGCUGCCCUGGCGGCCCUUGCCUCGCUGGCGUCCGACUCCUAUCUGGUACUGGCCCCAGGCCUGCAGCCAGACAGCGACGCGCAGUGUGGCAUGCUGUCUGCGGUGACGCACCUGCUCUUCCUGCCGCACCUGCACGGCGAGCUGCGCGGGUUGGAGCGGGAGGGCGGCGGCAGGGUGCUGCGCGCCGCGCUGCGCACGCUGCGCACGCUGACAGACACCCUGCUGGCGGCGCCGCCCCGGCCGCCGCCCGGCCCCGCGCCCCACGCGCCAGCCGGCAGCGGGGGCACACCGGGGGUCGGCGGGGGCCGGCCGCCGGCGGCCGAGGUGCUGCUGCUUAAGACCUGCUACCUGGCAGCCAUGUGCUUUAUCGUCGACACCAGCUCCGGAUGCGGGGAGAUACGGGCGGAGGAUGCCUGCUGGCAGCAGCUGCAGGAUGCGACCUCCCUCCGCCAACUCGCCGACGGGCUGCACUGCCUUCACUACCUCGUCGCCGCGGCAGCCGCCUUCCUGUCGUCCCUCCCUGGCAGCGCCCCAGCCCCGGCUGAUGCGGCCGGCCCAGCGCAAGGCAGCGCUGCCGCAGCCGACGGCGUCGGCAGCCCGCGGGCCGCGGCAGGCGCGGCCGAGGCAGCUGCCGCCUCCCACAGCCCAUCCCUGCGCUCGGCCUCCUGGAGGGAUAGCGCCCGCUUGUUUAUCAUGGCCCUGGCCAACUGGAGCGCUGCCCUCCUGUGCCUGAGCAAGACCGAGAUGGGAGCGCAGCUGCGGGACCCAGGCUGCGCCGCCGCGGCUGCCGCGGCAGCAGAGUCGCUGGUCCGCCUGCUGCCGCCGCUGGCGGCGCUCGAGGCGGCCGGCGGCUGCCAGCGGCUGGCCGGCCAGGAUGGUACCGCCCAGGGCUGGUUUUCCGAUUACGUCCGGCGUGCAACUCGCGUCGUGAUGCCCCGAGCAGUCGUGCUGGCUGCCCACCUGCUGCAAAGCCUGGAAGUCGCGCCGCCGCCGGCCGUGGCGGCGGCGCAGGACGUGGGCAGCGCGCUGCAGGCGGCGCGGCACCUCACCGCUGCCAGCAUCAGCGCUGGCAAGGCGGCGGUGGAGUGGCGGGUGCUGCGCCUGGAUCCGGAGCCAGGCGGCCAGGGGUAUGCAGGGUGCGAUGCCCUGGAGGUGGCAGGGGACCGCAUCCGCAUCGGGCAAGGCGCGAUGCAGGGCUGGCGGGCGGCCGCCGCGGCCUGGGCCCAGCUGCUGGGCUGCGAGGGAUUGGACCCCGCCACCGCCGCCUCCAUCUCCAGGGGCGCGGACUGCGCGGCGCUGUCGUGCCUGGCUGCCAUCCCUUCCUUGGAGGAAGCCCUGCUGUGUGUGGACAACCCGUACCGCCGCUCGGCAGCGCCCUGUGUGCAGCUCCGCGCUCUGACACCGCUGCUGCAGUCCCCUCAGCUGGCUGACCUGCUGCUGUGGGCGGGGGCGAUGCAGCCGCUGCUCAGCGCUGCUCGCCGCUUGCUGGCCGAGGUGCAGGCCAAUGACACCACGCUGCCCACGCUGAGCACCGAGAGCAUCGGAGAGCUGCUCGUGCUGCUCACCCAGCUGCUGCUGUGCCCCUGGGCGGCGGCAGCCAUUGCCACAGAUGCGCAGCUGCUGAGCAUGCUGUCCACGGAAGCCAGAGUACUUGCCGAGGAGGUCUCACUGGAUACGGCCGAUGGGGUGAUUGAACUCUUCGACCAGGUGGCCUCUCUGCUUGAGCAGCUGCCGUAUGCCGUAGGCAACGGCAGCGGCAGCCGGGUGGAGCCGAGCGCAGCGCUGCCAGACACCGAGCUGGACGGCGCUGCUGGGGAGACGCAUAUGGAAGCGUUGCUUGCCCAGGCUGCUGCCAGAUUCGACCGCGCGGUGGCACAACUUGACGGCACGGCUGCCGCAGCAGCUCUGCAGGAGAUGCAGCAGGCGGUGGAUCAGCCGGCCAUGUUGCGGCGGCAGGAGGCGGCUCUGGGCCUGCGGCGGUGCAGCUACCCGGGCUGCGGCAACCUGGCCGGCCCCGCAGAGGCGGCGCUCAAGACACGCCGCUGCAGCGCCUGCCGGGUGGUGCGCUACUGCGGCGAGGCGUGCAGCCACGAGGACUGGCGGCGGCACAAGAAGGGCUGCAAGCUGCUGCGGCCGGUGGGCGCCCCGGCCGUGCCAGCCAAUGCCGCCGACGCAGCGCGAGCGGGCCAGCCUUGA